CCAACUUAACGAUUUUUCGCUCCAUUGUACUAGUAGCGAAUAGUGGUGACGUGGCAAAGCCAUUGAAUUAAACUCCAAAUUCUUUGCUCCAUUAAGCUCGAGACCUUUAUUAUACACAAAAUCAUCACAAUUGAUUAAUCGAUUUUUAGGGUUCUGAAAUUCCAUUUUCCAGUUUCUAUUAGCUUAAAAUCUCAGCCUUAAUUGCAUUGCAGAAGAAGAAGAAGAAAGAUGAAGAAGAAGAAUCGUGGUUCAAAGCAAGUGAGCCCAGUCGAUGCUUCUUUGUCAUCGUCAGCUUCUGAUGAUAAGCGAAAGCUUCAACAUUACGAGGAGAGAGUUCGUCAGCUCGAACAAGAAAACAAAGCGUUUCAGAGGGAGAUUGAGGAGCUAAGGGGAAAGCUUGCAAAUGUUUCGUCUGCCUCUAAUGACAGCUUAGAAAAGUUCAGAGAAGACUAUCUGCUAAAGCUGAAUGUCCUUGAAGAGCAGGUUAAAGAGAUGGCAAAGAAACAGCAUGUUGAAUCUCAUCUAUCAACUCAAAGACCAAAAGGUGACGAAGCAACAAAUGGGUUGCAGUUCGAGAAUCAAUGUUUGAAAGCUCAGAAGGUUCAAUUGCAAAGUAAGAUCAAGCUAGAGUCUGUGCAAUAUAGAGAAUGCAAGGCUUCAUUGGAAAAAGAAUCUCUUCAGGAAGGAGAAAAGGAGGAAUGAGUAUGAGUUGCAAAAGCUAUUAGCUUUGAACCAGAGACUAAAGAUGGU